GGGCGCAAGGCGGGGCGUGGGGUCGGUGGCUGCUGGGCGCGCGGGGCGCAGGCCGCGGGGCCGGAGCCGGGGGGAGCGAGCGAGCGGAGGCGCCGAGGAUCCGAUUCACUCGCUGGGGAGACCUAUGGGCCGAAGCCGUGUAAAUGCGUUUUAAGCAGGGGCCUCGGCUCCGCAACUGCCACUCCUCCUCGGGGUGUUGCACAAAUUUCGAGGUCACCGGCGACCCCCCCUAGCAGCGCGCCUGGCUCUGGCCCCCGCGAAGGAGGACGGGGCUUGUGUGUUGCAUACUUUCUAAGGCGGUGGCCGAGGCCGCCAGCGGUGCUCCAAGGCAGCAGUUUCAUCCAGCUCCUGGGCUCUUCCUGCUCAGCAUGGCUGGCUACCUGAGUGAAUCAGACUUUGUGAUGGUGGAGGAGGGCUUCAGCACCCGGGAUCUGCUGGAGGAACUCACUCUGGGGGCCUCCCAGGCCACCACGGGCCAGGUGGCUGCCUUCUUCGUGGCCGACCUGGGUGCUGUAGUGAGGAAGCACUUCUGCUUUCUGAAGUACCUGCCUCGAGUCCGGCCUUUCUAUGCUGUCAGGUGCAACAGCAGUCUGGGUGUGCUGAAGGUCCUAGCUGAGCUGGGGCUGGGCUUCAGCUGUGCCAACAAGGCAGAGAUGGAGUUGGUCCAGCAUAUUGGUGUCCCUGCCAGUAAGAUCAUCUGUGCCAACCCCUGUAAGCAAGUUGCACAGAUCAAGUAUGCUGCCAAGCACGGGGUGAGGUUGCUGAGCUUCGACAAUGAAGUGGAGCUGGCCAAGGUGGUCAAGAGCCACCCCAGUGCCAAGAUGGUUCUGUGCAUCGCUACCCAGGACUCCCACUCUCUGAAUCACCUGAGCCUGAGGUUCGGGGCGUCACUGAAAUCCUGCAGACAUCUGCUAGAGAAUGCCAAGAAGAGCCAUGUGGAGGUGGUGGGUGUGAGUUUUCACAUUGGCAGUGGCUGUCCUGACCCUCAGGCCUAUGCCCAGUCCAUCGCGGAUGCCAGGCUUGUGUUUCAAAUGGGCGCGGAGCUGGGCCACACGAUGAACAUCCUGGACCUUGGUGGUGGCUUUCCUGGCUUAGAGGGAGCCAAAGUGAGAUUUGAAGAGAUGGCCUCAGUGAUUAACUCAGCCUUGGACCUGUACUUCCCUGAGGGCUGCGGUGUGGACAUCCUUGCUGAGCUGGGGCGCUACUAUGUGACUUCUGCCUUCACUGUGGCCGUCAGCAUCGUUGCCAAGAAGGAGGUUCUGGACCAGCCCAGCAGGGAGGAGCAAACCGGCGCAGCCCCUAAGAGCAUCGUGUACCACCUUGAUGAGGGCGUUUAUGGGGUCUUCAACUCAGUCCUGUUUGACAACACCUGCCCCACCCCCGCCCUGCAGAAGAAACCAUCUGCGGAUCAACCGCUGUACAGCAGCAGCCUGUGGGGCCCAGCAGUUGAUGGCUGCGACUGUGUGGCUGAGGGCCUGUGGCUGCCGCAACUACAAGUAGGGGACUGGCUGGUCUUUGACAACAUGGGUGCUUACACCGUGGACACGAAGUCCCUCCUUGGGGAGACCCAGGCCUGCAGAGUCACUUAUGCCAUGUCCCGGCUAGCCUGGGAAGCGCUUCGAGGGCAGCUGCUGCCUGCAGAAGAAGACCAGGACGCUGAGGGUGUGUGUAAACCUCUGUCCUGCGGCUGGGAGAUCACAGACACCUUGUGUGUGGGCCCUGUCUUCACCCCAGCAAGCAUCAUGUGAGCAGGCCUGUUUUCCCAGAGAAUCCCAGCGGGGCCAAGGAGAUGCCUCCGGAGAGGUGGGCAAGGCAGCAAGCUGGUACCCUCUGGCCAGGACUCUGGUGCUUGCUCUGCCACCCCCACGCUCCACCUGUAGUGUUUCUGCCCUGUAAAUAGGACCAGUCUUACACUCGCUGUAGUUCAAGUAUGCAACAUAAAUCCUGUCCCUUCCAGCUGUGUCUGCCUCUGCAGCGUGAGGGGCCUGGCCAUCCAGGUGUGGGGGGUGUGCUUGGGCUUGCCCUUAGUCUCCUCCCCACCUUUGUAAAUACGAAUCAAAUAAAUAUUUAGUUUUUUAAAAA